UCAGUUCAUCUGUAGUAGUAGACCUCGCAAUGUCGAGUGACCGCUCUCGAAGGGGAACCUUACUGCGCUGGGAGAUGGCCGCAACCGAUUUUAGGUUUGCAUUCCCUCGUGCAUAUAUCUGCUUGCUUUGGAUCUUAAGUUAUCCUGUGGACGUACAUGGUUCAUACUUGAAGUGUUGUUUUGAGGAUCUGAAAAACAACUCAGUUUCCUAUCAGCUCAGUGAGCCACCCGGGCCUUCCUGCACCACAACAUGGUCAGACAGGGAUAUGGUUGUGGUGGAUGAAAACGGAGAUGUGGACCAAAGUGUUAUUUAUCUUGAAUCGCAGAAGUUAAUCCUGAGACAGAACAUGGAGGAAAAGGACAAACUGGUCAUAUAUCGUAAAGACUGUCGGCAUUCUGGGUAUGCCUACGAAGCAAAGUGCAGUGAUCCUUGUGCUGCUGUGGACGUUACAAGAAGUACUCAAGUCACCCACAGCACUGUUGCACCUAGAAGAGAUCAAAUACACAUAUCCAUCAUUAUCACCAUCAUCAUCCUUAGCAUAAUCAUCAUCAUCGCCAUCGUCGCCGUUAUCUGUUGUAAACGAAAUCAUUGCUCCACACCAAAUGUUAGAUGCAGGGCCAUGUGGACAGCAGUGCCAAAGAAUCAAUCCAUACAAGUCUGAUACCCUUCUGCCUUUUAUUCACUUUCAUGCAUUUUAUGUAAAUACAGUAUGUUUGUCACCUUAUGACCUGCAUGCCAUUCUUUAAUCAGUACCCAAACUCAUUUAACCUGACAUCAGAUUAACUUUGUACCAAAAAAAUCUAUUUUUGCUAUAGAUAAAGAUGUUGUUGUGGUUUUGCAAGUUUACCUGCUUGAAUUAUAAAGUGGAUAGUUAAUAAGAAAAGUGGAUAGUUUGGGUGAAAGAGGAAUGCCAGAUGCGUCAUUACUGCACUUUUUGUCUACUAAUGUGCAUGUGAGUGAUAAUUGACAGGGCAAAAUUAUCAAGCCCUUCCGAACAUAAAAAAAAUCUUAAUCUAAUAAGGGCUGUGGAAGUUCUCUAUUAUUAUAUUUUUAUUAUUAAUAAUUGUUACUUAUAUUAUCAAUAAGUACUAUUUUUAUAAUAUAUAACAACAUAUUAUUGUAUAAGUUCUCAAUUAAUGUCUGAAAGAAUAUAUAAUAAUAUAAUAUAUAAUUAAAUAUACAAUAUACUGUAUUAUGCAAAUACAAUACUAUAGUAUUUUUAACAAUAUUGGAAAUGUGAUAUACAAUAAUAAUAAUAAUAAUAAUAAUAGUUAUAAUAAUAAUAAACUUAAUGCUUUUCACAUGAUAUUUUUUGUUUGUAAUCUUUAGAAAUGCUAGAAACCUUUGUAAAGUAUAAUCUUAGCUGUUUCCUCUGCAAUGCCAAUGUAUUUUUAUCUGUGUCUUUAAUAAUGCAUGCAAUAAUCAUGUUUUUAUUUCAUUUACUUAAUACAAUUAGAAGACAUAAAAGAAAAAGUCACCUCUUUCUUGCUAUUGUGUUGCUUGUGAAUUAAUAAACUGUUUAUAUUUUAUGUUA